AAGGGUUAAUUUCUGUACAGUAGAGGAGGAGCUAGACGCGUGUUGUGAGCCUAGACUUUAAAACAAGAGCUAACCCUCAAUGACAGACGACGCAGAGAGACCGCUGCUGACCAAAGACGAAUAUAACCGUGAACUCUGGUCUAAGACACACUCUGGCGAACAUUAUGGAAUAUCAGAACGGUCACAGGCAUGUUGACACAAACAGUGUUGAAGACGAACCCCUUCUCAGAGAAAACCCAAAGCGAUUUGUCAUUUUCCCUAUUCAGUAUCCUGACAUCUGGAAAAUGUACAAACAAGCCCAGGCUUCAUUCUGGACAGUCGAGGAGGUGGAUUUAUCAAAGGACUUGGUUCACUGGGACAGCCUAAAGUCUGAAGAGAAACACUUCAUAUCCCAUGUACUUGCUUUCUUUGCAGCAAGUGAUGGGAUAGUCAACGAGAACCUGGUGCAGCGGUUCAGUCAAGAGGUGCAGAUCCCAGAAGCUCGCUCCUUCUACGGCUUUCAGAUCCUCAUAGAGAACGUGCACUCCGAAAUGUACAGCAUGCUUAUCAACACCUACAUAAGGGAUCUAAAAGAGAGGGACUAUUUGUUUAAUGCAGUUCACACCAUGCCUUGUGUAAGGCGAAAAGCAGACUGGGCCUUACAGUGGAUCUCUGACACAAACGCAACUUUUGGAGAGCGAUUAGUAGCAUUCGCAGCAGUGGAAGGAAUCUUCUUCUCUGGAUCCUUUGCUGCCAUCUACUGGUUGAAGAAAAGAGGCCUGAUGGCCGGACUCACCUACUCCAAUGAACUCAUCAGCAGAGAUGAGGGGCUGCACUGUAAUUUCGCAUGUCUAUUGUACAGCUACUUGGUGAAGAAACCAUCUGCUGACCGAGUGAAAGACAUCAUCACAAAAGCUGUGAGCAUCGAACAGGAGUUUCUCACAGAAGCCUUACCCGUCAAUUUGAUCGGGAUGAACUGCUCUCUCAUGAAGCAAUACAUUGAGUUUGUGGCUGACCGGCUGCUAAUGGACCUAGGAUUGCCCAAAGUUUACAAGUCAGAAAACCCUUUCGACUUCAUGGAGUCGAUUUCAUUGGAGGGAAAAACAAAUUUUUUCGAGAAGCGGGUGGGUGAAUACCAACGACUUGGAGUGAUGUCAAAUGUGAUGGACUGUGAAUUCACUCUCGAUGCAGAUUUCUAACGAUGAACUAGAGGAAUUAUUAUUUAUUUUUUGGGACAGUUUUAUUAUAUUCUGCAGGGGAAAAAAGUCAGAAAUUUGACUUUUUAAAAUUUUUGUUUUUAAUUGUUUUGCUUUUAAGUCCGAGAAGAACGUGAACAAUAAACUGUAGACUUUUUAGGUUUAAUUUUAUUUUGGUUUGUUUUUUGUAAACUUCCAGAAUUUCAAAGAUGUUUUAGAUAUUUUUACAAUUUACUUGAUUACUGUACCCAAGUAUUGUUUUGGGGGAUUUGUUCUUCACGCAAGUGCAAUUUAACUGACUACUUGUACUUUUACUUGAUUACAUUUGUGACCCAAGUGUCAAUUUUUUUAAAUUGAGAUUUAUACACUAUCUGAAAGCUGAAUACAUAGGACGGAUUUUAUGCUCCAGGGCCACAUUUCAGAGGAAAAUACAGUACUAUAAAGUCCUCAGAAUUUUAUUUUAACUUUAUUACAGAUGUUACAGUUUUGCAUUUUAUUUUAUGUUACACAGUAAUCAGGUAAGUUUCAACUUUACUUGUAACUUUCAUCAGGGAAAUGUCUGGCUUCAAUUUAUUUUAAGCCAGUUUAAUUAAUUAUUUGUUGUCUAUUAGCUGUCUGUGCAAAAUAUUAGCUGAAUGCACAAGAUUGAAUGCAAAUCAAAUCAAUAAUGAGAUUUUAAAUACAGUUAAUAUUUUGGUGGCCAUGAUAGCUUUGAAUUUGUUAAAUGUUACAAAUCUCCAAAAAUAUUGCAUGACAGAAAAUGGAAAGUGGAUAAGAGGUAUUAGAAUGAUAUACUGAGUAACAAUUGGGGUUGUCAAUUAAUUAUUUUUUAAUCUAAACAAUUACAGGAUGUGCCUAUUAAUUAAAGUAAUUAAUCAAAAUCAGUCACAUACCAAUAUUUAAGAAAAUAACCUUUAAUGCCCCUGAUGAGUUGUAUUCUGUCUGGAAUAUGCAUCACAUCUUGCUCUGAAGAUGAGAAAUUAAAAUUCUGUUAUUUACUGACCCUCAUGUCAUCCCAGAAGUCCCUUUCUUCAGAUAACCACAAUAAAUAUUUUAGUCCAUGUAAUGCACUCUUCAAAAACAACACAAAGCGUAAAUGAGAGUGAAAUUUAAAACAUCAGUGUUUUUCUUACACAUGCCUGUAAUCACUUAAGAUGACACUGAUCCUUCAACUUGGGUUUUAUGGCUUGCUGUUGUGUUAAUUUUGUAUAGUUUUAUUAAUUUUGUCAUGUUCAUUGUGUUUUUUUUGUUUUUUUCCCUUUACCCAACCAUUCUAUCUAUCCAACUAAAACUUUGUAAGGUCAUUCAAUAUGAUAAAACAAGAAAAUCUUUUUUUAUUAAUUGAUUUUUAGAUUACGGUACUUUUUUUAAUACUUGAGUACAAUUUAAAGUUGUACGUUUUCACUCAGUAUGUGUACUUUAACUCAAGUUUCAUUUUGAGGACUUUUAACAUCCCUGCAAUUAUAACUUAUAAGUCCUAUAAGUUAUAGGGUGCAAAUGGAAAUCCUGGCCUGCAGGCUUAUUAACAUACUGGGAAGAAAAAAACAUCUAUUCAGACCCCCUCCAGGUUUUUUUUUCUUUUUCUUUUCAGUCUUUUCAGUUGUGUUAUGUUGCAGUUUAAAUUAUUUUCUUUUUCUCAUUAAGCUAUGGUACCUCAUAAUGUCAAAAACAGAAUUUUAGAAAUAUCUGUAUAUUUAUUAAAAAUUAAAAAACUGAAUUAUUACAUUUACGUAAGAAUUCAGUUGAAAGGGAAAUCUUCUUGAGUGUUAUUAUGCAGCUAUUGAGACUUAAAUCAGUGUUGUUUUCUGAUUUAUGACAAACCCAGAUUGAAUAAAGAUUACCACAGA